UUACAGAUAUUUUGUUUCGUUUAUAAAAAAUAGUAUGAAACAUUUAGAUGGUAAACUAAAGCAAUACUCACAGUGGUGCUUUGAUAACUGCAAAAGUACUAAAGUUUCAACACGGACAUAUCCUCCAUCUAGUGUCGAAGUUGCGGCUAUGCGACGUCUUGGAACAAUAGUAUGCAGGUUUUUUUUCUUGGAUGCACGCACAAAAGCUAUUGAUGUUCAUCCAACUGACACUGCAGGUGACGCUGUGCAGAAGCUCGCAGAAAAACUAAACUUAACUUCAACUGACGGUUGGGCCAUCUAUCAAUCUCGACCAGACGGUGAAGAGCACAUAAAAAGUUUUGAUUACUUGUAUGAUAUAAUAUCGGCAUGGGAACUAAAACAAGCUUUCGGAACUACGAUGAAAAAGCUUGCAAAUAGCUCUCAAUCAGGAGAAAAUCGUUUUGUUUUUAAAAAGAGACUUUUUAAAUCGACUCAAGAACUAUCACAAGAUCCUGUCGAAAUUAGCAUGUUAUAUUCACAAGCAGUUUACAGCGUUGUUAAGAAAGACGAAUUUCCCGUCAGUGAAAAGGUGGCUCUACAACUAGCAGGACUUCAAGCUCAAGUAGCGUUGGGAGAUCCAUCCAAUCAGCCAAAACCAGAAUAUUAUUCAGAUAUAAACAGCUUUUUACCGAGUAGAAUAUCAAAAACAAGGGAACAACAGUUUUGGAUACCAAUUUUAGCGCAAGCCCAUAGGCAGUACGGAUCCUCAAGAAAUGAGUUAACAGCCAAAGUUUUGUACCUAAGCUGCGUAAUGCAAUAUCCCCUUUAUGGCACAACAAUGUUUAAUGUCAAUUACAAAGGGUAUUGGAAUUUUGUAAACAGUAUAGUACUUGGAAUACAUUGUGAUGGAAUUAUGUUUAUUCAUCCUGAAGAUAAAUCAGUCAUCUAUCAAUUUAAAUAUGAAGAUAUUGAAUCAAUUAUAUUGGAUCCUAGUGACACUUUUAUAACUAUAUCAGUUAAUCGUAGCACACAACCAUUAUACAAAAAUUGUCGAGAAGGAAACUUUCCCAUAGAGUCACAGAAAUGUUUUGUUUUUGAAACCUUGCAAAAAAAUGACAUAGGAUCUUUGAUAAUUUCGUAUUAUCCUUCUUUAUCAAAUUGGAUCUUAAACAUAGUGGAGUGCUCAAAAAAAAUGAAAGGUACUACAAACGAAGACAGGUUGAGGUUGUAUCAAAAUGUUGUUGUUUGUAGACGACAAUUAGUGGACUUGAAUAUAGUUAAAAAACCCCAAGAGAUAGGAGGCUUUUUAAGAAACACUCUUAGACGUCUGUCGAAGCAUCGAUUAGAAAAAUUAAGAUCUGAACAAGGGUCUACGGUGCAUGAUCAUGGAGAAACAUACAAAGGGUUUUCACAUUCAUUUUGGGCAUUUAGUAAACAACAAAUUCCAUUUUGUCUAAGUACCAUUUUUGACCAAGAGGAAUCCACAAUGGUGCAAGUAUUUGAUUCAAUAUUAACAUUUUCUGGACUUGGAACUUCAGGCGAAACCAUAAAACGUGCAGAAGAUGAACAUGUUCGGAUUGUUCAAUCCAUAAUGGAAAAAUGUAUGAAAAAGGAAUCUUUAUUAAAUGAACUUUAUCUUCAAUUAAUUAAGCAAACUACGGAUCAUCCAGACGCAAACUCAAGAGUAAAUUUAAAAAACUGGGCACUUUUAUCCCUUGUAUGUAGUGUUAUCUUGCCGUCGAUAAAGUCUAUUCGAAAGUACCUGAUUGCUCAUUUAAAAAGAUGCUCAAGUGAUUUUUUGUCUGAAGAGGGUAAAUACGCAAGAUUUGCAGAAAAUGUCAAAUACGGUUCUCCAUCCCUGUAA